AUGGCCGGCAAUACUCCAAAUCCGCCACCGAGUUUUUGUGGCCGGUCGUUCGGUGCGAUUCCACCUCCUCCAGUUCGGCGGCCCCAAGGGCGCUUAAAACUGCGGCCGAAUUUCUACAACACCGAGCGGCCUUCUCGCGCAAUUCGGUUUCGAUUUCGGACGCGCGUCAUUCACGCAACAGCCACGCCGGCCGACGGCGUCCACCGACACGUACUCCGUCUCCACGUGCAGCCUUCGUUGGUGCAGCAGAUCAUCCAAGCUCUGGUGAACGUCCUUCUCCCGCGCCCAGCUCAAGUCUGGUUUCAGUCGUGCUUCCCUGAGUGGGCCCUGCCUGGCCAAUUGGUCCUCAAGAAGCAAAAGGACGGCUGGGACGAGGAAUUUGAGACGGAGAAGGCGACGUAUGCGAAACUCGCACCGUUGCAGGACGUCGUCAUCCCGAGGUGCUUUGGCCAACUUCGAUACAAAGGCACGCGGGCCUUGUUAUUGUCGGACAUUGGCGGCGUAUGUCUGGCGACCCCUGAGGGAGGCCUGCUGGACCUGGGCGACUUUCGGCGUAUGAUGCGCCAAGCCCUAGAUGCGUUUUUGCCGUUCGGUAUCUUGCAAGACGACAGCAAACUCGAUAACUACCACCUCGUCGGCGACAAGAUCAUGGUUGUUGAUCUCGAGCGAGUAAGCGAUGGUCUGACUGACAAACAAUUCAUUUCAUCUCUUAUCGAGUCGGAAGUGAAGCGCCUUGCCCAGUGCUACGAGGAGCACCAAAUCUGCUUGUGGACGGACGGUUUUCCCUGCACAGCCAAUGGGAACUGA